UGACUCCGACGAACGAACAAACGAAUGCUCCUGUGCUCCACCGUAAGAAGCAGCAAUGGCGGUUUUAGCUCACUUCCAGAAGCUCCAAUUCUCCGCCUUCCUCUUAACCCGCGCACAACCGCCGCUGUCGUCUCUUUCGCGCCAAUUCAACUCUACCCUCUGCUCCAAGCUCUACCGACUCCCUGCCCUAAUCAGACCCCAAUCCGCGCUAUCCGCCGCCGAGCCCAUCCCUGUGAGUCAGCUUCUCGAACCGCCGCCACCGGCGGAAACCCAGUCACCGAUUACACUCGACAAGCUGUUCAUCCCGCCGGAGACACAGGUUUCGCUCGAGGACCCGACCACGAGGGUUCUCAAGGGCUCGAACAUAGUGCUGAGCAAGUACGCCAGGGAUGCGCAGGUGGUGCAGGCCGAGUUCGUGAAGAGCAGCGUGAGGACGGAGGAUUGCCCCUCUGAUGGGUCGCCGGAGUUCGCCCUCGUCGGGAGGUCGAACGUCGGGAAGUCUUCGCUUCUCAAUUCGCUGGUCAGAAGGAAGAAGCUCGCCCUCACUUCUAAGAAACCUGGGAAGACGCAAUGCAUAAACCAUUUCAGGAUCAAUGAGAGCUGGUUCUUGGUGGACUUGCCUGGAUACGGGUAUGCUUCUGCACCACACGAAUGUAGGACAGAUUGGGCCAAAUUUACCAAGGAUUACUUCCUCAACCGUUCAACAUUGGUCUCUGUGUUCCUUCUCAUAGAUGCAAGUAUCCCAGCGAAGAAGAUCGAUCUGGAGUAUGCAAGCUGGCUUGGUCAGAACCAGAUUCCGAUGACAAUAGUUUUCACGAAAUGUGACAAGAGGAAGAAGAAGAAGAAUGGAGGGAAGCAUCCAGAAGAGAAUGUGAAUGAUUUUCAGGAGCUGAUUCGUGGCUACUUCCAAACGACGCCCCCAUGGAUCAUGACGAGCAGCGUCACCAAUCAGGGUCGUGAUGAGAUACUAUUGCACAUGGCUCAACUGCGAAACUACUGGCUUAAACACUAAAAGCUUGAUUAGUGUGCAGACGAAUUUGCGAAUCCCAGACUCUCAAACUUUGUGAUAAUGCUCCAGUGAACUUCCUGAUUCUGGGGAUGGUGGAAAGGGUUUGGUUUCUCCAACCCUUUGUUUGGCUCAGAAUGCUGCAAACUUGCUCACAAACUUCGCGGAGUCUUCUCAUCAAGCUAUCAUACCUUGCUCGCAAGCUACGCAGUGUCUUCUUGCCAAGGUAUGGCCUGGAAAGAAAUGUAUCGUUUACGAAACAUAUCUCAGGGCCGAAGUGAACCAUUUGAUCGAGUACUAGAAUAUGCUUCAAACUAAUCUUGUGUGAGAAACUAUUACUCAGUUGUAGUUCUACAGUACAUAAACACUAGACAGGAUCACUUGGGGUUUUGCCCUUCAUUAGUCUUGAUUUGUUUCAUCCGCUUUCUGUUAGCAUUUCAUGUUUCCGACGAAAAACUCAAAUGUGUCUUGCAUGUUUUCGGACGUUGAUCAACAUUUAACAUCUAACAUCAAGCUCUGAACCUCUUGUUCGUCGACAAAUACUAUUCGAACAGGCCACCUUUUUUUCCUUUCUGCCAGUGAUGAAGCAACGUCGGCAUACAUGUCGACCGCUGCACAAAAGGAACGUAAAUUUUUUUAAUUUAUCGUCGAGCCAUCAAUCAGAGAAAACGCUUUACGACUUUUCUCGAACCGUUUAUGCUCCAACUAAAACGAACAAUGAUCC